GCGGCUUAAGCGGCGGAGGGGGGGCAUAGUUAUCGCCAACAGACCGUGUAUUUUACUAAGCUACUCAGCACCAUUUUAUCUCCAGCGAUGUGACCGAGUUGUCACAUCGACGAGUGUUUUUAAAAAAAGAAAAGAAACAGCGACAUACGUGCCUGUAUAGAAAGACUAGGUCGAUGAAGAGAGAGAGAGAGAGAAAAAGGGCACGUCUGUGUAUCCAUGACCGAACCGAUCCUGCCAUAAUCUCCAUAUGAGAGAGCGUCGGCGGGUCGCCUCGGCCAAAUCUGCCGCUGACAAUUUUGUCUCAGUAAAGCAGUUUGGUUGUCUAGUUUAGGUUGGAUGUUGGUUGUUUUUUUGUUUGUUUGUUUGUUUUUGUUUUUAUCAUCUUAACCAGCCGAGAGGGGGGCCCGCCGAAAACGUCGGGAUGAAAUUCACCGAGCAUCUCUCAGCGCACAUCACCCCGGAAUGGAGAAAACAGUACAUCCAGUAUGAGGCUUUCAAAGAGAUGCUGUAUGCUGCUCAGGACCAGGCCCCAUCUAUCGAAGUCACAGAUGAGGAUACAGUUAAGAGGUACUAUGCCAAGUUUGAGGAGAAAUUCUUCCAGACAUGUGAAAAGGAGUUGGCCAAAAUCAACACUUUCUAUUCUGAAAAACUUGCCGAGGCCCAGCGCCGGUUCGCCACACUGCAAAAUGAGCUGCAGUCCUCAUUGGAUGCCCAGAGAGAGAGCUUCGCCCAUGCACGGGGCCUGAGGAGGAGGAAAACGGUCUUUGCUCUGUCCCAGCAGGAGAGAUGCAAGCACAGAAACAUAAAGGAUCUGCAGUUGGCUUUCUCAGAGUUCUACCUCAGCUUGAUACUGUUGCAGAAUUAUCAGAACCUGAACUUCACAGGUUUCAGGAAGAUUCUGAAGAAGCAUGAUAAAAUCUUGGAGACGUCCAGGGGGGCAGACUGGAGGGUGGCCCAUGUUGAAGUGGCUCCGUUUUAUACCUGCAAGAAAAUCACGCAAAUUAUCUCUGAGACUGAGGCAUUGGUUACAGCAGAGCUGGAGGGGGGUGACAGGCAGAGGGCCAUGAAGAGGCUCAGAGUACCCCCCCUUGGAGCUGCACAGCCUGCUCCUGCUUGGACAACCUUUAGAGUUGGGUUGUACUGUGGUGUGCUCCUCGUUCUUUUGGUCACUGUAAUCAUUACAGCUGUGAUGAUCCGUGACGCAAAUGUUUGGCCUAUGGUCAGGAUUUACAGAGGAGGAUUCCUAUUAAUAGAGUUCCUCUUCCUCUUGGGCAUCAACACCUAUGGUUGGAGACAGGCAGGAGUCAAUCAUGUACUCAUAUUUGAACUCAAUCCCAGGAAUAACCUAUCUCAUCAACAUCUGUUUGAGAUUGCUGGCCUGUUAGGAGUGUUGUGGUGUGUCAGCCUGCUGUCCUGCCUGUUUAGUGACAGUAUCCUGGUGCCAAUGCAGGCCAACCCUCUGGCUCUGUACGGCUUCUUCCUCCUCUUCCUCAUCAACCCAUUCAAGACCUGCUACUACAAGUCACGCUUCUGGCUAUUAAAACUACUGUUUCGCGUUGUGACCGCUCCGUUCCAUCGAGUGGAGUUCGCAGACUUCUGGCUUGCUGACCAAUUGAAUUCUCUGGUGGUGGUACUGAUGGACUUGGAAUAUAUGAUUUGCUUCUACAGCUUUGAGCUGGACUGGCCCAAACAUGAUGGACUCAUUAGAAGUAAAGGUAAAGAUGUGUGCCUGUCCUACUCCUAUGGCGUGCGAGCCGUGAUCCAAUGCCUUCCCGCUUGGUUCCGAUUCGUCCAGUGUCUGAGACGAUACCGUGACACCAAACGAGCCUUCCCUCACCUCGUCAACGCUGGCAAAUACUCCACGUCCUUCUUUGUCGUCACCUUAGGCGCCCUCUACAAAACUCAUAAAGCCGAAGGCCAUGCAGACACCGACGUCUUCUUCUACUUGUACAUUAGCUGUUUAGUGAUCAGUUCCUGCUAUACACUGAUCUGGGAUCUAAAGAUGGACUGGGGCUUGUUUGACAGAAAUGCUGGAGAGAAUACCUUUCUGAGAGAGGAGAUUGUCUACCCACAAAAGGCAUAUUACUACAGCGCCAUAGUAGAAGAUGUGUUGUUGCGUUUCGCUUGGACUCUGACUGUCUCCCUCACCAGAGUCGGUAGUUAUCCACACAUCUCUGAUAUACUGGCUACUAUUCUGGCCCCAUUGGAAGUCUUCAGGCGUUUUGUGUGGAACUUCUUCCGUUUGGAGAACGAGCAUCUGAAUAACUGUGGUGAGUUCAGGGCUGUGAGAGACAUCAGCGUGGCUCCUCUCAAUGCAGAUGACCAGACCCUGCUGGAGCAGAUGAUGGACCAGGACGACGGAGUCAGGAACCGACAAGGCAAGAAGAGCUGGAAGAGGAGCUACAGCAUGAGCCUACGCCGGCCCCGGCUGGCCUCACAGUCCAAGAUUCGUGACACCAAGGUCCUGAUCGAGGAUACAGACGAUGAUUCCUGA